UUUCUCAAACAUCAACUUUUCUAGUUAGUACAUACAUAAUCAUAUUGAAUUGAAUUAAUCACAUCUCAAAAUGCAGGCAACUUUGUUUUUUACACCAUCAUCUAUUCACCUAGUGACACCACCCAAGCCCUUAGCAAGGUCACCUUUGAAAUCUAUUUCUACUCAUCUCAAAAUUACUCACACUACAUGUCCUCCAAUUAAAGCAACUACUCUUGACACUUCCACAGUUGAUUAUAGUUCCAUGACCUCGUCAGUGUUUCCAGCUGAAGCUUGUGAGACAAUAGGUGGAGAAGCUUGUGAUGUUGAAAUGUAUCCUGAAACCAAACCCAAAUCUGCAGUCCCACCCACAGCCACAAGCAACACUGCAUCUUCUGAGAGUGUAGACAGAGAAUAUCUUGUCUACAACGAACCUAAAACUGUAUUCUUAGCAGAAGCUUGUGAUGAUCUUGGAGGAGAAUUCUGUGAAGCAGAGUAUCAGACUGGAGUUUACUAAGACUAGUACUCUUUAAUUAUUGUUCAUAUCCAUAUGUAGAUAAUUAAUAACAUGUGAAUGUAUGAUAUUCUAUCUGAAUAAUUAUUCCGAUUUUCUCU